AUGACAAUGCUCACGGAAAAAUAUACUGCUGGACGGUCGCCUGCUUCCUCGACAGUCCGAACCCCGGAACUAAGUGCUGAGCUGGAAAAGCUUUUCCUGGCUAUUGACGAUUCAAGUAGCGCUCAUGCAGGAAAUUAUGAUGUUGAAACAAUGGUGGACGAGCUCUUGACGAGCAAGUGGGAGCCCAUUGAUCCAGCAUUCGACUCAAAAGGAAGCCUUGAGUCUUUCACGCAGAAAACGCAUGGUUUACACUCACUACAAAGUGUAUUAUCUGAUUCUAUCGAUCGGCUGGUGCAACAUCGGAAAGAAGUGUCCGACCGCAUCGUGGAGCUAGAACACGGCUGUCGACGAGUGAGCAGCACAUUUCAAAACGGAUUGGAAAAGCCAGACUCGAUUCUCAGCACCAUUUGUGUCCAGCUGGAAGACUUAGAGGACCGUUUUACCAAAGUGAGCUCAACCGCUGUGACAAUUGGAGACAAAUUGUCAACACUUGAUAAUGAGCGCUUAACAGCCUUAGAAACGGACGAGUUAAUGGAUGCAUUGUUAGCAUUAAAUGACCCCAGUACUAAAUCAACCAAGUCAAGUAAUAGGUUGGUUAAUACUCUGCACGACCCGAACCAACUUCACGAAGCUUCGCGAAUAAUGAAGAAGGUGGCCGAGCUCUCUUCUGAGUUGUCGUCGCCGAUAAUCGCGUAUGCAAUUUCCGAAAUUGGAAGGCUUUGUCAAGUGAUAGAGAAUCAUCUGCUUACAGAAUUUAGCAAUGAGCAAGAGAAAGGAAAUUUCGCGGGGAUGCGCAAAUGCGCUGAGUCAUUAAUUGAGUAUAAUGAUAAGGAGAAGGUCGCGGAUCGAUACACUAAUUCUUCGUGUGUUACGAAUAAAUGCAGUGCUGCUGGUGAGCCCAACGUGUCUUCAUUCGAUCUUAUCGAAGAAUUUGAUGCGCUUUGCACCAAGGUCCAUGCCAUCUGUGCUGAGCAAUUUCCAGUGAUUGACAAAGUCUUUCCUCCUGUUGCACGCAAUGGCGUUCGUGAGCUACUGCUUGAGCGCUUGUUUAAUGAUCCAGCAUAUGGAGUUUUAUCUCUUAUGGAUCAGUUACUGAGCACGCGACGCCACACCGACCCGAUAAGCUCAAUACCAGCGGAUGCUGAAAGUGCAUCGUCUGCAACAUACUCGGCUUCGUUGUCUCUUAAACGUGACUACGUCAAGCAAUUAUGCGCGGCUUUCACGACAACGUGUACCAUGGUGGCAGAUAUUGACGCUAUCGGGCUUAACGAAGAGGCUGAUUCACACAAGCAGGAAAUACUGCCAGAAGAGGAUGCAAAACGAAACGGUAAAUGUUUACACAAGUACUCUGCUGCCACUGAGCAUGAAAGAAUUCGUUCUUUUCUCAAUCUUCAGCUCCAUUCUUUAUUCGGGAAUCAUCGCGAUAGAUACGUUCAAGCAGAAUUGGACCUGCUGCAUUACCAAUUCAAGGCUAUUCUGUCUACAGUGCAGUUUCCUCAAUCGCUACUGCCUCUCAAGAUCAAAGGAGGUGGAAAUAAAGCUAAAAACGCUAUAUUAACAAGUACGGCUACCACAACCACGCCAUCCUCGCCGGCCUCAACCCUUUCUAACAAAAUGGUAUCGUCUGCUGCUAUAUCGUCGACGUCGUCACCUAACAUUGAGAAAAAUGUUGGCAUGUUUCAAUCGGAGUCGACGCUAGUAUUUUUUGAAAGCGUCCGAGAGCUUGCAGAAAAUACAUUUAUACUAAGCAGAUAUAAAGAUAUGAUGGAUGAGGCCAUAAAACGUUGUGAGUCUGUCUUGGAAGGAUCAGAAUUACGUGGGGAGCUCCUUACAAAGAUAUUUACGUCAUUUGUGGCCUCAUUUGGCGAAGAAUAUUUGGCUAAAGUCUUACUACUGACGAAAGAGACUCUGCAAGAGCAGCGGAUAGCAUUAGAUUCUCCAUUACACUACAUUUUCCUCACAGAGGCCAUACUCAAGCGCAUUGACUUUUUUAAUGGACAGUUUGAGUACUUUAAUGCUCUUUUGCAGGACCUCCCUACCCAACUAACAAUUUGUCAAGAAUGCCAUCACAAGUGCCUAAACAAUCUUGAAAGCUUACUCACGACCGGUCUCGAAAAAGUGCUCACUGUGAUCGAAAAGCUGAUCAAUCAAAUUCUGACCGAAAAUCAAGCCAAAGAUGACUUUCUCGAAGGUCAAACCAGCAUGUUGCUCUCAUCGUCCAUUGCAUGCCAGAAGUGCACUGAGUUUUUGCGGCCGCUCGUGGCUGAGAUUUACCGAGUUUUGGUUGGCGACAACUGUAAUCGGUAUCUAGUUGCUCUUGCGAGGUCUUUCAAAGGGCUAUAUUUGCAACAUCUAAAGAAAUUCAGAUUUGAUCCUGACGGUGCCUGCAUGCUACUUCGAGAUGUGAGCGAAUACCGCGAUGCAUUUCGCUCUCCAUCAUUGCCCGCAGCUGUUGAUGACAUUUUUGAUCUCUUGCAUGAGGUUGCAAACGUAUUUGCACUUCCAGUGGAAAAUUCAAGCGUCGGUGGGAUUACAAGGUAA